UUUUGUUUUGCUUUAAAGUUGGAACCCAAAAUCAAGAAAACUUUCCAAGAAAAGUCUUUGCCCCUUUCUUGAAAUCUUUCUAGCAACAUUUUGAAUUCCUGCAUUAAUGGCUUACCCAAAUUCGUAAGCCCCUUUUCCUUUUCUUUCCUUCUCCCAAAUCAGUUUGAGAUUUUGAGGAGCAAAUGAAGAAGCCUAAGCUCGAUAGCUCCGCCUCACUGAACCGGUUCGGUCUUGUUCAGUUCCUAUUAGCUCUUCUCCUCUUUUACCUCCUCUGCAUGAGCUUCCAGAUCCCUUUCAUCUUCCGAACCGGGUCCGACGACCCGUUGCCGAGACAAAUGGUCGCUGCUGGUAGGGAAGCAAACCGGGCUAUGCUCGGAGAAGAAGAAGAACCGGGUCGGGUAAACCGGGCGGGUCUUAUACCGGAGAGGAGAAUGCGGGAGUUCAAAACCGUCUCUGAGAUCUUCGCCAACGAGAGCCUUUUCGACGGCGGCGGCGGAGGAGGAUCCACCGACGAGUUCUCGGUCUUCCACGUGACCGCGAAGCACGCGAUUUCGACGGGGAAGAAAAUGUGGGACGGGGUCGAUUCCGGUUUAAUCGUCAAACCGGAUGAAAAACCGGUUAAGAACCGGACUGAGAAAUGUCCUGACUCUGUUUCGGUUACCGGGUCGGAGUUCGUUAACCGGAGCCGGAUCUUGGUUUUGCCGUGCGGGUUAACGCUGGGAUCUCACGUGACUGUGGUGGCGACGCCGCACUGGGCGCACGCGGAGAGAGAUGGCAAGGGUGCGGCGACGCAGUUCAUGAUGGAGCUUCAGGGGUUGAAGGCGGUGGAGGGUGAAGACCCGCCUCGGAUCCUCCAUUUCAACCCGAGGAUUAAAGGUGAUUGGAGUGGGAGACCAGUGAUUGAGCAGAACACUUGUUAUCGGAUGCAGUGGGGUUCUGCUUUACGCUGUGAUGGUCGUGAGUCUAGUGAUGACGAGGAUUCUGUUGAUGGAGAGGUGAAAUGUGAGAGGUGGAAGAGGGAUGAUGGUGGUGAUGAUUCUGAUGAAUCAAAGAAGAGAUGGUGGUUGGACAGGCUGAUGGGUCGGAGGAGGAAGAUAACAACACAUGAUUGGCCAUACCCUUUUGCUGAAGGGAAGCUCUUUGUUCUCACCCUUAGAGCUGGGAUGGAAGGUUACCACAUCAGCGUUAACGGAAGACAUAUCACUUCUUUCCCUUACAGAACCGGGUUUGUACUAGAGGAUGCUACUGGAUUAGCAGUCAAGGGGAACAUUGAUGUGCAUUCGAUAUAUGCUUCAUCUUUACCCUCUACGAACCCGAGUUUCGCGCCGCAAAAGCAUAUGGAGAUGCAAAGCAGAUGGAAAGCUCCUUCGUUACCUCAGAAGCCUGUAGAGCUGUUCAUUGGUAUUCUCUCUGCUGGUAACCAUUUUGCAGAGAGAAUGGCUGUGAGGAAGUCAUGGAUGCAACAAAAGCUAGUUAGGUCAUCUAAAGUUGUCGCACGGUUCUUUGUGGCAUUGCACGGAAGAAAAGAAGUCAAUGUGGAUCUAAAGAAAGAAGCUGAGUAUUUUGGUGACAUUGUCAUAGUACCUUACAUGGAUCACUAUGAUCUUGUUGUGCUCAAGACGGUUGCCAUCUGCGAAUAUGGGGUUAGCACAGUGGCGGCGAAGUAUAUAAUGAAAUGUGACGAUGAUACGUUUGUGAGAGUGGAUGCUGUGAUCCAAGAAGCAGAGAAGGUUAAAGAAAGUGAUAGCCUUUAUAUUGGAAACAUUAAUUUCUACCAUAAGCCUCUACGCACCGGUAAAUGGGCUGUAACAUACGAGGAAUGGCCAGAAGAGUAUUAUCCUCCGUAUGCAAAUGGUCCGGGUUACAUCUUGUCAUAUGACAUAGCUAAGUUCAUCGUCGAUGAUUUUGAACAGCAGAGAUUACGAUUAUUCAAGAUGGAAGAUGUGAGCAUGGGAAUGUGGGUGGAGAAGUUCAAUGAGACUAGACCGGUGGCAGUGGUUCACAGCCUCAAGUUCUGCCAGUUUGGAUGCAUAGAAGACUACUUCACUGCUCAUUAUCAGUCGCCUCGCCAGAUGAUUUGCAUGUGGGAUAAGCUGCAGAGACUCGGGAAGCCUCAUUGCUGCAACAUGAGAUGAUGACAUAACAUUGUCUUUUUUUUUUGGCCGGAUUCUUGUUAGAAUGGAAAAUGAAGAAGCGAUGGGAGUUUAUGGAGCUAACUGUUUUAGAUCUCUGAUGUAUAGACAGGAACUAUCUAUAAUGUAUUUAUCUAUAUAAUAUUUAAUGAAGGGAUCUUGAAAACUUGACUGAGAGGUCAAAUUGUUUUUGCUUUGCUUACAAAAUAUUUAAUCAAGUGGUACUACUAGAAGUCAGCCA